GAGGCACCGCAGCUCCAGGCGAAAGAAGCCACUGUGGUGAUCGUGGAAGAUCAGCUGGCUUCCAAGAACAUGUAAAGAAGAGUGCCAACUUGGAAUCGUGGAGAAAUCGUGUAUAGAUGGCCAUGUACGGACGAGCCCAAGGCAUGUACGAAGCUCCGACACGAGCGCCGCAGUACGUCGACGAUGAAGUCCAGCAAGGCGGAAGACCUGAUGUCCACGACCACGACCUCGUAUGAGACGGCUCCGAGCGUGCCGGUGCGGAAAAGGGACAGGAAACGCAAGAAGAGCGACUACCAAGACGAGCAAAUGGCUGCGGUGAUGGAGCUCAUCCACUCCAUCGAAGCCGAUGACGACGCCGCACGCCGGAGCCAACACGGUCAGACGUCCGCGAUGGACGGCUCCGCGAGAAGGCCACCAGACCAUCCGGCAGCCCAGCCUCCGCAAGGCUCCGGGACAGCACCGGCUCGAGCGGAUACUUUCCCACAAAUCCCGCACGCUUACAAGUCCGAAAGAGCAGCGCCCAAGGAAUCCAGCUCGAAAUCGGCAGCCAAGGAAGACGCAAAGCCUCCAAGCCUGAGCGAACACGCGUAUCCGCCGGUUACACCGACGGAAGGCGCCCAGAAAGGAGAUACACCCAAGGCUUCUGCGGACGCCAAAGGAGCCCGCUCGAAGAGCGGCUGUGACAGCGACGCAGUUGCCGGAACCUCAGCACCACCCCCGACAGACGGCGUGGCAGUCCACGACGCCAAAGUUCCCGACAUUCCUAAGGCUGAGGACAAGGGAGAAGCCAAGGAGGAAGAAGUACAGAGCAGCAAGGUGCCCGUUGUGCCAUCCCUGCCGGCUCAGCCGCAGGCAGGCAAGGAGGUCCCAGAACCACCGAAAAAUGUAGGAACCGCCAAGCGUAAACGCAGGCCUUCAAAGUUCUGCUGCGGGAUGAUCAUGGUGCUCCUGGUCUUGUUCGCGGUGGCGCUGGCCCUGGCCACGGCCACCUUGGGUUAUGUGGAGCGCUUCAAUGACCGCGAUCAUCCCGUCCUCAAGGGCGUGUUCGGCACCGUGCGAGGCGCCCGCCACGUGCUCACCGACCAGGGGCGCGAGCUCCCCGUGUUCGCCUUCCUGGGGAUCCCGUACGCCAAGCCUCCGCUGAGGGAACGGCGAUUCCGGCCGCCCGUGCCGCUGGACAAGGAGGAAGACGUGAAGCGGAACCCGCUAGGCAGGCAAGGGAAGCGUCCACCAUGCCCGCAGCAGGACUUCUACCUCGGCAAGCAGAACGUCAGCACCACCAACGCCAGCGAGGAUUGCCUGCACCUGAAUAUCUGGACGCCACCGUGGGAGUGCGAGCCGGAGAAGGAGCGAGCCGAGUGCAAGCUGCGAACCGUGCUCUUCUUUCUCUACGGAGCCGCCUUCCAGAACGGCGCGAACAGCUUCGAGCUGUACGACGGCCAGUACCUAUCUGCCCUGGGCGACCUGGUUGUGGUAGUUCCGAACUACCGGGUCGGGGCACUGGGCUUCCUCAGCGGCCCGUCCAGAGGCGUGCUUCCGGGCAACGCUGGCCUCUACGACCAGCGGCUGGCACUGUCGUGGACGCUGAGCAACAUCGAGAUCUUCGGCGGCAACGCCUCUCGCCUGGUGCUGGCGGGUCACGACGCCGGCGCGGCGUCCCUGGGCUACCACCUCUUCUACGGGGACGCCGAUCUCUUUACGCGCAACGUGGCCCGUUACAUACUGCAGGGCGGAGGACCCUUCAGCAGGUACAAGGACGACGGGCUGGAAGGCGCCCACCUCCUGGCGACCAACCUGCAGUGCGGCAACGACCUGUCGGCCCCCGUGACGCUGCGUUGCCUGCAGAACUCCGACGUGGACGCCGUGGCGCGGAGCCCUCUGGCGUCCAGAUUCGUGCCGCUACUGAACCGGACGCCGGUGUCGCAUCCGCAGCCGCGUCGAAAAGCGUCGGAUCGCGGUGAAAAACGCAAGGAGACGGGUCCCCAGGGCAAGCAGUUCCUGCUGGGCCGCGUAGUGCUCGAAGGAGUCUACCCCUGGUUCGUCGAGCACCAGCGCACGGGCUCCAACGACCCGCUGUACUUGGCCACUCACCUCAUUGGCCGCAAGGCACUCGAGGAAUGGCAGACUGCCACGGGAACGACGCUGCGGCCGUCAGCAGGAGACACGCUGUACCAGGAGGCCGUCGGCGACGUCCUGGUGGCGUGCCCUAUGUCUGAGAUGGCCGAGGUGCUGCAAGCUUGGGAGAACCGUGUGUACGCCUACAUUCUGGGCUACCGCCCCAGGUAUUCGAGUUGGCUCAACCAGACCGAGGCCGUCCGCUUCGAGGACAUGCACAUGGUGUUCGGCAUGCCGCUCAGACCCGACGUGCCUUCGAGCGAGCUGGACAAGCAGUGGUCCCGCACCAUGAUACGCGUGUGGUCCACGUUCGCGCACACGGGGAAAGCGCCUGUGAUGGACGGCUCGAAGUGGCCAGUAUACGACCCUCUGCGGCCCGCCUUCAUGAAGCUGGGUGUCGACGGCAUGAGCAUGGAGCCUGACACAAGGAGGGCGCGCUGCGACUUCCUGCGCAGCCACCACAACCCGUACUGAUCGGGAAGCGAUAAGGAAGCUUCCCCAGCAGCGCCACCUACCGCAAGAAGCAUUUCUGUUGACUGCGAUACGUAGUGGUUAUCCCCGCACGUAUAUACGCGCGAAUGCGCUCGCGCGCGACAUAGUUCUUACAAGUUCUUCCAGCAAUGAUUAAACGCAAAACCUUUCGA